AUGAUCUCAUCUCGAAGUAUCAUUUGCUUGCUAGUAAUUAUUUUAACACCAACUGCUUUCUCAUCUUCAAUUCAUUAUAAAAGAGUACAAGGAGCAGAAAAAAAGAAGCAAAAUGUAUGUUUUCUGAAGAUGAUACAUGCGCCAGGGAUGAAUCCAUUAAUUCGAACAGAUAAAAACGGAAAAACUUGCCGGAUUAACUUAACAAUUCCAGUUUGUCGAGGAUUUUGUCCAACCUAUGAAUACGGAACUCAUGAAUUUCCUCAUCGAAAUCAAAAAAGUGAAGUAUGCGUUCCGGAAGGUGGCAAAUUUGAAAGUAUAACGUUGACAGAAUGUGACGAUGAGGCUGAUCCGAUGAUUCGUACUGUGACAGUAUUACGUGGAGCAAAAUGUGUUUGCAAAGCAUGUGACAAAACGUUGAUGAACUGCAUGAAGAAUAGUCUAUUCAAUUGA